AUGUGUCACACCAGCUGUUCCUCAGGCUGCCAGCCAGCCUGCUGCGUGUCCAGCCCCUGCCAGCCAGCCUGCUGCGUGUCCAGCCCCUGCCAGCCAGCCUGCUGUGGGCCUGCUCUGUGUAUUCCUGUGAGGUACCAGGUGGCCUACUGUGUGCCUGUGAGCUGCAGGCCCACUGUGUGCAUGGCCCCCUCCUGCCAGUCCUCUGUGUGUAUGCCCAUGAGCUGCCGGCCUGUCUGUGUGACCACCUCCUGUCAGUCAUCUGGAUGCUGUCAGCCCUCCUGCCCUACCCUGGUCUGCAGACCUGUCACCUGUGGUAGCUCCUCCUGCUGCUGACCAGCGUCUUCAAACCAGCUGCUGCCAGUUAAAAUGGAUACUUGGUCCUAUCCAAUCCUGUUCUUGACCAUGGAUUCAACACCUCCCGCUCUGUCCUUUGAGGGGUGUCCUGGAUGCAGGGUGACAAAUAAAGCAGCU